AUGGCUCCAUCCGCAUCGAACACGGCCAACAACUCGCCGGCCAAAAAGACAUCCGCACCAGAGAAGAAAUACAAGUGCCAAUUUUGUAAUCGCGCUUUUAGCAGAAGCGAACAUCGCAGCAGACAUGAACGUUCCCACACAAAAGAGAGGCCCUUCAAGUGCCUAAAAUGUCGGAGUACCUUUGUUCGUCGAGACCUCCUUCUUCGCCAUGACCGUACUGUCCACGCUAAGGAUGGUGGGAUCCCACUUGUUUCCGAGGGCCGCCGACGUGGCGGCGCAGGUGUUCAGAAGUCCUCCCCUGCACCUGCACCUCCCAAGCCUUCAAUUACAAUUGAUCCUGCUACGUUGGAGCAAAUUGAGGCAAGCAGUGACGGUAUGGUCGACCUUGAAACUGCAGCCAUGUUGAUGACAGAUUUCCAACAUAAAGCCGCAGCCGCUGCUACCAGUCAGGUUAAUGAUCGUGCUGAAUCGGAUCGCUCUUUCUCUCCCGGACGCGGUUCGCUACUAGAACCCUCUGUAUCUUAUUUGUCGGGCAACGCGACGUUGCCCCAAAUGCCUUGGGACACCCUAGUCUCUCCUGUUGAUACGAAGCACUUUAUGACCCAUGACAAUGGCCCAGACUCGCAUACACUAUCGUCGAGCAUGGCACGGCAUGGUGAUGCGCUUGCACCUUCGCUUCACUCGCUGGUCAACUCGUUACCCGUGUCUGGAAAUUCCACUCCCAACGCCUUGUCACCAUACCCCUCGAUGACAGGUCCUGUCAGCCCGGUGAACUACCGGAAGUCUCCCGGACCCAGCCAAGCACUGACCCUGCCCAAGGCUCCUCAAAUCGCAAACGAAAUUGAGCGGAAUAUGAUCGUAGAACGUAUCAGGAAUGCCGACGCGCUUGGAUCGCUUCCCGAGAGCUUCCAGCUUCCAUCGACGGCAGCCUUGAACAAGUAUCUAUCGACGUAUUUCAACCUGUAUCACCAUCAUUUGCCCUUCUUGCAUCAGGAGUCCUUCAGGCCUACAAACACCUCGCCUCCGCUGUUGUUAGCCGUACUCUCUAUUGGCGCUCUGUACACUUUUGAGCGUCAACACGCAUUCAUGCUCCAUGUUGGCUCGAAGAUGCUGGUUACGCAGUUCCUGCAACACAAGGACAACUUCGAUUCGAGAAAAUGCCCGCUGUGGGCUAUGCAAAGCAGCCUGCUGAACAUGAUCUUUGAGAGUUGGAGCGGUGAUCCGAAAGGCCUUGAAUGGACAUGCUCCAUCAAGAGCUUGCUCGCUAACAUGGUCGCUGGUAACCGCUAUCAACUGAAGCUUCGCACCGAGGCUCGCGAGGGAGCCAAGCCCACCCGGGAAGAGUGGAUUGAAGACGAGUCAUGCCGUCGAACCUACUAUGCGGUUUACAUCUUUUUCGGCAUGCUCACGCUGACCUUCAACCACACUCCCGCAAUGAGCUUCGACGAAUUCGAUAACCUAGAGCUUCCAUCGUCAGAAUCGCUUUGGAAUCUUGAUGUCACGGAUGAUGAGGCAUGGCGCCGUAGCUUGGCUUCGACCACUACCCUCACAGUGCGUGAAGCCCACGACUGUCUCUUCCAAGGUGAACAAGUUCGUUAUAGCGCUUUUGCGACUCGUGUCUUGAUCAACGCUCUGUUCUUACAGGUCUGGAACCACAAGCGGAGCUUUGAGGCUCUGCAAGACGUUGUGACAGAAUAUAAGCUCCGUCUCGCACUCGAAACAUGGGAGAACUCUCUUGAGGUUUGUGAGCCAGAGACGAUCGUGGUGCCCCUCAGCACUCCUCAAAAAGGUCAUCCAUUGAUCUUCAACUCUAUGGCUGUUUAUCGCAACACGCGCGCUCGGUUGGAGGUCGACCUUAAGUCGAUCCAGGAGGCCUUGCGGUACCAUUCGUCUUAUGAAGUGGCUGCUGCCAUGACAGUUGCUCGUGAGAAGGUGAAGCGUUCCCAGGAGAUGAACAAGGUUAUCCAGUCCUGCUUCGAAUGCAUCGAGAUUGCCGCCGUCCAAGGAAUUAACUGGGUUGCGAAGACAUCUGCUACCAACUGGAGUGUCGAGCAUCCGCUCUGUGGCUUGGAUCUGAUGGUCAUCUUGAGUCUCUGGCUCUAUCGCCUGGAACAUGACGAGGAACCAGCGACUGAGGCUGAGAUGGCCAUCUACAACAAGGUGCGGAAUUUGUUCGAUGAUGACGCCGUCGAUGCCUUUGGUAAACUCAGCUCCACUGUGGCCCGUGUAUGGGGUAAUAUCCUAGACGGAGUGGUAGUAUGGGGAAUUACCAAGCUCAUGGGCGAAUCGUUCAAGCUUCACUCACAGGCCUUGGUUGGCUACGAAGACUCAUUGCGCGUCGCCAAGGACCAACCUAUUCACCCAAUGCCAACCAAGACACUUGUUAGUGUAGGCACGGCGUACUAG